UUUCCGCCACGAUGAAGAAUGGCGCUGUAGUCGGUUUCUCGUUUUCCCUUCUCGUAUAGGAUCCAUUUUUCUUUAUCAGCGCAUGUACGCCGCACGAGGAGAAAAGUGAUUAAUUCGAACUAGAAAGACAUCGUUUAUUACAUAUUUUGUAUAAAAAAUGGCAUCACAGUUCUUCAACCGAUUAGGUCAAUUAGGAUUAGGAAUGAGUCUUGUUGGUACCGCUGUUAGCACUGCACUGUAUAAUGUCGAUGGAGGACAUAGAGCAGUUAUUUUCGACAGAUUUGCUGGUAUCAAAAGUCUUGUGGUAGGAGAAGGAACACAUUUUUUAAUUCCUUGGGUACAAAAACCUAUUGUCUUUGAUAUACGUUCAAGACCAAGAAACGUUCCUGUUGUUACCGGGAGCAAGGAUUUACAAAAUGUGAACAUUACACUUCGUAUUCUCUUUAGACCAGUACCUGAUUCGUUACCUAAAAUAUACACUGUUCUGGGUUUUGAUUAUGAUGAAAGAGUACUUCCAUCUAUUACAACUGAAGUAUUGAAAGCUGUUGUUGCACAGUUUGAUGCUGGAGAAUUGAUUACUCAACGUGAAUUAGUCUCUCAAAAAGUUAGCGAAGAUUUAACUGAAAGAGCUUCUCAAUUUGGUCUUAUUUUAGACGAUAUAUCCAUCACGCAUUUAACUUUUGGAAAAGAAUUUACGCAUGCUGUAGAAUUGAAGCAAGUCGCCCAACAAGAAGCAGAGAAAGCUCGUUUCUUAGUAGAAAGAGCUGAACAACAAAAGAAGGCAGCUAUUAUUACGGCUGAAGGUGAUGCUCAAGCUGCUAGUUUAAUAGCAGAAUCUCUUGGAAAUGCUGGCGAUGGUCUUGUUGAACUUAGAAGAAUCGAAGCUGCCGAAGAUAUCGCAUUUAAUUUAGCAAACUCUCGGCAAAUAACGUAUUUACCAUCUGGACAAAAUGUACUGCUGAACUUACCACAGUAAAGAGAAAGUAUGAAAUGAGCAGUACAUAUAUAUAUAUAUAUCUAUACAUAUAUAUGUAUAAGUUAAGCAUUUACAUCGUAAAGAAAGGCAUUUUGGUGUUGAUAACGUAUUUGAAUGUGGCAAAAAAUUCCUUGCAAGUGUUGCAUAGCAGGAAUAUAUAGAAUUUCAUAAUACUUUAGUUAUUUUGCAAAUUUGUAUUGUUUCUUUUUUUUUAUAAUUAUAUAUACUCCUAUUCCUUUUAUCGAAUAUUGUAAAUAUCUUCCGAAAAAAUCUUUCUGUAUCGAAUUAAUAAUCUGGCCUAUCAUAUUUGAAUAACUAUUACUUUAUUUUAAAUAAUAGGAAAUAGUACAAAAAAAAUUGUUCGUAGCAAAGAAAUAUUUUUUCGUUAUUUAGAAAAUACUAAUCACAUUAGAAUUACAAGAAUGAUAUUAUCUUGAAUCGACUAUUUUUUCAUAGUUUUGAUAUUCAUCGAUUAUUUAAAGAUAACUCUUGGAUACUGAUAGUAUCUUUACAUAAAUAAUUUUCAUAGUUUUAGCAAUUCUCGAAUUUUGUCGUAUUUGUAUAUUCAAAAGUAUUGUGAAUAAUGAAUGAAACAAGACUAAUAACACAGCAAUAUGCACACUGUUAAAAACUAAUUUGGCAUAAGAUCUACGUAAACAAAAGUCAUUUUCAAUUUGCCACUUUUGAAUAAAACUUAAGAGCAUGUUGAUAAAAUAAUAAUUGCGUAUAGAAAAUUAUACACUUGUUAAUGAAUA